UUAUUAUUACUUUUGAUUAACAGAAGCGACAAUUAUCGAUUUUAAGCAAGGAUUGGUUCAUCAACUGCAGACAUACUCUUAUAGCCACGGCUGUAUCAUCAUCGAGAAUGUGGUGUAUGCCCAUCGGACUAAGUCCUCUAUCUUAGUCCAAGAAGUUGUGGUCGUCAACCAUGGGCAUGCUGGAAUCAAAGUUUUACUGGCUCAUGAAGGAGCAAACUCUUGGAAAGGUUCAACAACUAAAAGUUUAAGCUUUGAAAGAACCAUGGACCCGUCUAAAGCACACUACACCCUCUCCCACGGGCAGGUUGCCCAUGUUGAUAAAUCAGAGCGUGACAUCAACGUAACAGUAGCGACUUCAAGAGUUCCAAGUGAGAUGACUGUGCAAGGACAAAGUACUGGAAUCUUGCGUCACUUGACCGUUGUGCGCACUUCAAGUUUGUUUGGUCAUGUGACCAAACCUGCUCCUGCUCCUGUAAACAUUGAAAAACUGCAGGAGGAAGCACAAAAGGAACUCAGAGCUCUUGUCUCAUUAGACAAACCUGAAUCAUUGAGGGAAUCUCACACUACAGCGUGGAAAGAGCUGUCCGAGACAGGCCUGUUUGUAGACCCUCACCAUGAUCCAGAUACGCCGUCCGGUCUUGAGGUCAACACCACAAUGUAUUACGUUCUGUCAUCAUUUCCAUCCCCCAUUCAUGAUGGUGCCAGCGCUCAAGUACACAAAGAUGAAAUGGAGAAACUCCUUCAUAUUCCAGAUCACUGUUUUGGCGGUCCACCUACUAUGCACUCAGCAUCACUUUGGCCCAAUCCCCGGACCGAGGCUGGUGUUACCAAAAUGGCGGCGUUGUGGCAGAGGUUACUGGAGCAGAAUGGCUGCAGUGCACUUGUCAAAACAGGUGUCAUCGGCAUUGUCCAAGCAAUCACGCUUAGCUUUGGAGGCCUGCAGUUCUCGGCUGGACACUUUGAAUUCGCCGCUAACCCCGCCUCGCUUCACACCAGUAUCGUCUUCCGCCAUAUUCACCUGUAUGAAGAUAUGGAUAUUUAUCUCACGGUGCUGGUGAAUGAAGAAACCGGGCAUGCAGAGAAACUGCUAGUUAAACCGGUCAAGGGAGGGAAGACUCCUCUGUAUGCGUGCGAGGCAGGCUGUCAGUACGACCCUGUAGAAGUCGGUGAAUCUGAAGUGACCUUCCCAGUGCGCAUGACCAGGCCUGUCACACCGCUGCUCUAUAUAUCGCAUAACAAAUCGGAGCUGCUCGAGCUCAGGAAACACGUGUUUAUAAAAGAUGCUCAUGAAGAGUCUCUCAAGAACCACCACAUUCACCACCGAUCCGGUCUGCCUGCAAAGUUUUGGGUUACGAUCGCCUUUUUAAUCGUUGGCUUUCAUCUUUACCUGGCCAAACUAAUUUAUUCAGAGUGCUUCAAAGAGAAGGACAUUGUGCGAUCGAAGAUCUACAUGAGCUGACAUCAAGAAAAUAUAGAUGACUCUGGCGAGAAUAUAGAUUAGUGCUGCGUGAAUAAGGGAACACAGUCCUAAUCAAAGUGUCUCCCAGGAAUGGGGGGAAGGGGAUCCGAGGGAUGGGCGGGGGCGGUAACUAGUUAUGAUGUUAAGGUUUGUUUUUGAUUUUUGCAGACAAUGGCCACUUUUUAAUAAAGAAAAAUAUGGAGUCUUUUGGCUGCAAGGGGUUGAUGGGUGCUUAGCUUUUACUGACCUACAAGAAAGGAUAUAUGUAAAAAGAAUGUAUAUGCAAAUAAUAUCCCUAAGGCCGGGGAAAUGGGUAUCUGAAAUAAGCUUACAGUGGAAGUUCACAUGAAGGAACUGAAUGAUUUUAAGAAAUUGUCCGCGCUAAUUACACUGCGAAACCGUUUCGAUGUGUCAGUGAGCUUGUCCAUCGCCUACGAAAUGAAUCACAGUGGGAUUGAGACGCAAACUUCUCUCACGAAUAUCACUUACCGCAUCACGCACCCUACUAGAACUCGUAGUUCACCGGGCGGGCGACAGAAGUAUUGAGACACUUCACUGUGAAAAUCUAUUUUCAAGCGUCUGGAAAAAGUCCUCGUCCUCCCAAACAAUUUUUUUUUACCUCUAAGACUGCGUGAACCACAGCACCUUCACAGCAUUUAAUUGAAUGGUGUUGGGGGAGGGGUAUCCAGAAAUAUCGUUAGAUGCAUUUGGAUAGUGUUUAUAAGUAUGGUGUAAUGCCCUUUAGAACGUUGGAUAAACAUUCCUUGUGUCGUUUUAAUCUGGAUAAAUUAAGCAGUAUUUACAAUGUCGGAGACGUAGUGAUCUGUUAGGAAAUAUUUAUAAAUAAAACUCAAAGAACUUUC